AUGGCUACUGGGUUGAAAGCCUAUUUUGCUAAACGCCAAGUCAGCACGAUCCUCCAAAGAUGGGUGCUGCUUUCGGCUGUUGCCGUUAGCGAAUGCUAUCAAUAUCCCAAUGAUGCGUCAAAAGUUAAGCGUUUUUUAGCUCCAUUGAACUCUGAAACCCUGAAAAAACCCGAACCCGAAGCCUACGACAAAAUGAAGACUAGUGGAUUGACGACGGUUUAUUUCAACAAAGGAUUG